AUGAGUGGGAGUGGCCGAAAACGCAGUUCAAAAUGGGAUUUGAAAGAAGGGUCUCGAAUGUCAUUUGAAGAUGUGGAAGACAAUGCUUGGCCUGGGAAAGCAGGAAUAUCUUUUCGCGACAAAGAAUCACGACGUGAUUGGCUCUCACCCGAAGCUGUUGGUGGCACUCGCUCCAAGUGGUCGGCUAUGGAACCUUUGCCUGGAAGAAGAAGCUCUCGCAGGGAUGAUAACAUAGAUGAAGACCAUAGCAGAACUUUGAAAGCCAGUUAUGAAGAUGAGAGUUAUGGAACUAGAAUGUCUCCUGGUCUUGAUGAUUGGAGACAGCAUAGUUUUCGAAAUUCUCCAAAGAAUGAAUAUAAAAGAUCAAGAAGGAGCCAGAGCCGGAGCUGGAGCCGGAGCCGGAGCCGGAGCAGGAGCCCAGUCCAUGGCUUCGGGCGAGAAUCAGGAGCAUAUGACAGAACUAGAAGUAGAUCUGGUGUAUCAGCUCAAUUAUGUAAGGAUUUUGUUGCUGGGAGAUGCAGGAGAGGCAAUCAUUGCCAGUUUCUUCACCAAGAUACUGAGACUUAUGAGGAUGACUGGGAAAGACCCAGGAAAACUGCAGCUUCAAAAUAUCCCAUCUCUCAUGAUUCUAAGCAGUACCCAAUGGGGAGUGGAAGGUCUUCUGAUUGCUGUAAUGAAUUUCUAAAAGGGAACUGUAGAAGGGGUGAAUCCUGCAGGUAUUCCCAUCAUGGUGCUUCCGAUCCAUCUAGUAGGGGGUCUGCAAAUGAGGUGAUUAGAGAAAGAGAUAAUGACCGAAGACAUAGAUAUGCAUCUCCAGAGAGACGUGCUGAGCGUGAAACCCGCAGAGCAGCUGAUAUUCCCUGCAAAUUUUUUGCUGCAGGUAAUUGUCGGAAUGGAAAAUAUUGCAGGUUUUCUCAUCAUGAUCAGACAAUUACAAGUCCUGACAAAAGAUCACGAGAUGGUAGGUGGCCGCCAAGCCAAAACUCAGAUGAUGUGGAAAAAUCAUGGAAUGGUCCAAAAUGGAGUGACAGUCAUACUUCAGACACUGCAAAGUUGAGUGAAGAUAAAAAUGACAAAUUGGAUGCACCAGAUCCGAGGCUCUCUGCACGGCGUAUGGAGGAUGGAUGGGGCCAUAAUUCGGUCAAGAAUAAGACACGCAGUAAUCCUCCAACUACUGAAGUGGUUGAGAUUGACAAGAAGGAAGCCGUCCAAUGGAAGACAGAAAAUGCUGGCGAUAACACUAAUGUUUCAGAACAGAGAGCUCCUGAGAAUUGGCUUGGUGAUAUGGAAAUGUCUCCUGAUUGGAACUACAGACUGCAACCGUCCAACCAUAUCAACAAGGGAGAGCAUGCUUCUUUAUCCAGUUGUGAACUUCAAGAGGGUUCAGCUCGGGUGCAUGAUACCAGUGCAAUCAUGCUGCCAAGGUCGAAUGAAACAUCUUGCAUUCAACAGAGCUUCAAUUUAAAGGAGGUUAGUGGUAGUGCUAUGCCACAUGAUGAUGGUGUGACUGGAAAAACUGCCAGUUCUUACAUAAACAUUUCUGCCAAUGCUCUUGCAACACAAAGCUUCAACAAAAAUGGCCUGAGUUCAAAUGCUUCACCUAUUCCGAAUUUGAAUGCUGUUGGACCAAUUCAAGAAGCAAUCUUGACCAACCCUCCAAGAGGGGCAAUAACAAUUCCUCAAAAUCAGACACUGGUACAGGAGAGAAAAGCGAUCAACAUUCCAGAUAUCAGGAAUGCAAAUGCACCACUUGUGAAUUCGGGAAUUCCCACGACUCAGACACUGGUACAGGAGAGAAAAGCGAUCAACAUUCCAGAUAUUAGGAAUGCAAAUGCACCACUUGUGAACUCGGGAAUUCCCACGACUCAGACACUGGUACAGGAGAGAAAAGCGAUCAACAUUCCAGAUAUUAGGAAUGCAAAUGCACCACUUGUGAACUCGGGAAUUCCCACGACUCAAAACACGGCUAGCAAUGAACAGUUGACUCAUCUUACCAACCUUUCUGUCUCUCUGGCUCAGUUACUUGCGAAUGGACAGCAGCUUCCACAACUUUAUGCUGCUCAUAAUUCGAAUAAUGGUACCUUUGCCAACUCAGAGGGCACUGUCAAACCAGAUUCUGUGGUGGCCAUUCCGCCAAAUCAAGCUUUUGAACCCAGGAAGCCUUACGAUCCUAUAUGCGACAGCAUUGAGCCUGGGAUGCAUAAUGUUGAUACUAAUCCUCCAGAUAAGAAACUAGAAUUGCUUUCCAAAAACUUGUCCCCUUCAUCUCUUGCUGCUGCACCCAAUGGUGGUGAUUUUAUCAAGUUCCGCUCAGAGCAAGAGUCCGAUGACAAGAGUUCCCAGUUAAGUGAGCCGGGACAAGAUUUGAGUGCUGAAGCUGCCAAGGAAAACAAUGGAGUGGGGUCUCGGGAAAGCAAUAAAGUACAAGAGCAGGAUAAGACUGCACAAGAGAAUGGUCCCUUAGAGAACAGUGAUGGUGAUGGCAAAGCUGAUGAGAGCAAGAAAAACAAGGAUGCUAAGGGAAAUCGUGCAUUUAAGUUUGCACUGGUGGAGUUUGUUAAGGAUCUACUGAAACCUGCAUGGAAGGAAGGUCAAGUGAGCAAAGACGCGUACAAGAACAUAGUUAAGAAAGUGGUAGACAAAGUUACUGGCACUAUGCAGAGUGCAAGUAUUCCUACAACACAAGAAAAAAUUGAACAAUAUCUGUCGGUUUCAAAGCCAAAGCUGACCAAACUUGUACAGGCAUAUGUGGAGAAAUUUCAGAAGGACAAAUGA